UUUUCUCUACUCGAUCGACAGACACAACCCACAAUGGCUCAGGCACGCGUGCGCCUCCCUCCCGCCGGCCCAACGCCGGCCACCGCCUUCCUCUCGGGCUCCAACCCAAGACCCGCCCACCUUCCCUUCUCCUCGAAGCGCGCCCCCGCCUCCCUCUCCGCCGUCGCCGCCACCAAUGCCCCCAUCGUCGUCGUGGGCUCCGCCAACGCCGACAUCUACGUCGAGGUCGACCGCCUCCCGCUCGUCGGCGAGACCGUGGCGGCCCGCGCGGGCCGCAGCCUCGCGGGCGGGAAGGGCGCCAACCAGGCGGCCUGCGGGGGAAGGCUCGCGCUGGGCCCCACCUACCUCGUGGCGCGCGUGGGGGACGACGCCAACGGGCGGCUCCUCGAGGGCGCGCUGGCCGACGCCGGCGGCGUCCGCACCGACCGCGUCGCGCGCGCGCCCGACGCGCCCUCGGGACACGCCGUCGUCAUGCUCAUGCCCGACGGCCAGAACUCCAUCAUCAUCGUCGGCGGCGCCAACAUGGAGGGCUGGGCGGCGGGGAUCGGCGCGGAGGACCUGGAAUUGAUCCAAAAGGCAGGCGUGCUGCUGCUGCAGAGGGAGAUACCCGAUUGGGUCAACGUGCAGGCUGCGCAGGCUGCAAAAAGUGCCGGUGUGCCUGUUAUCAUGGAUGCUGGUGGAAUGGAUGCUCCUGUCCCCGGAGAACUACUCAGACUCGUCGACAUUUUUAGUCCAAAUGAAACAGAAUUAGCACGUUUGACUGGUCUACCUACUGAAUCAUUUGAACAGAUCAACCAAGCUGCAGGACAAUGCCACAAAAUGGGCGUGAAAGAAGUACUAGUAAAGCUUGGAUCACAAGGAUCUGCUUUGUUUGUUGAGGGGGAGGAGCCAAUCAGACAGCCGAUUAUUCCUGCCACAGAAGUUAUUGAUACCACGGGGGCUGGUGACACUUUCACCUCAGCUUUUGCUGUAGCUCUGGUUGAGGGGAAGCCUAAGAAGGAGUGCAUGAGAUUUGCUGCUGCUGCUGCCUCUUUGUGUGUUCGAGUGAAGGGGGCUAUACCCAGCAUGCCUGACAGAAAAUCAGUGAUGAAGCUGCUGGAAUCUGUGCAAGUUGAGUAACCGCAGAAUGCGUUGAUCGUUCAAAGCCGACCUCAUUCAUCGGCGAUAAUGGCCCUUCUCCAGUACGCGGAAUUCGUGGGAUCCAUGAAGCGUCUCGCCGCCCCUUCACGUGCGUGCUCCCCGAAUAAUGCUAAUGUGAUCUCCAAACGGAAACGCAUUUCCCGGUGCCGCCCAGGGUAGUAAACAAAACAAGGCCACACGACCGUUUCCAAUACAUCCUCCUGGUUUCGUGAACGCAAUGAACAGUUUCACACUGCCUUUCCCCGGGAGCUUGUCUCGGAUGGUGACGCUGUUAUUUACUCUGGCCCAAGUCAAUGCGUGAUCUCUCCCAA